CACCACGACGACGACUAACCACCAGCAACCAUGCCGAAGGAAGUCAAGCAGAGGUCUGGCCUCAUCAGGGGCCUGAACGCCGGCCACAAAGUCACUCCCCGCCAGCCGGCUACCCGCAUCUCCAGGACCAAGGGCCACCUCAGCAAGCGCACCGCUUUCGUUCGUGAGGUUGUGAAGGAGGUUUCUGGUCUCGCCCCCUACGAGCGUCGUGUCAUCGAACUUCUCCGCAACUCCAAGGACAAGCGCGCCAGGAAGCUCGCCAAGAAGAGGCUCGGUACCUUCGGCCGUGCCAAGAGAAAGGUCGAGGAGAUGACCCGCGUCAUUGCGGAGGCCAGGAGGGCAGGCCACUAAGCGGAGCAAUCUCGAAUGUUUCCUUGCUUUGCUUAAUCGGCUCUGGUCAUGAAAAUGCUGCGGUCAAUGGAUGGUGUUCUUUGAACGAGACGGGACUACUCGACAACCCGGGUGGAGUCUUCAAUGAUAGUCUCUAUUGCACGAAAAUCCAAAAGCGGC